AGAAGCGUAUGGUGGGGGUGGGGAGCGGACGCUGCGCCCCUCCCCUCCACGGCCUGACGCGGCCUGAUGAUGUCACGGCGCAUCAUGGCGGUGGCGGCGGCUCAGAGAAGGUGAAGUUGUGGGACCGCCGACCUGUGAGGGGAAGUGCCGGACCCUUCCCUUCUCUUCCAGGCCAGCAGAGUUGAUGAUGUCAGCCUUGUGAACACAUCCCACCUCUGGAAAACUUCUCCUUCUCUGUAUCAAUUACAUUGGUGGACGGUCCUGUGGAUCCUUUUUUUCCCUUUUCCUGCUAGAAGUUGCUCUGCAUAAAAUUGGCGCAAUGUCCCUGAUCUUCUCUCACUGCAACCCCAUUGUUUCAAUCAAGAAGGACAAAAGACACAUGGCCGAGGUGAAUGCGUCUCCACUCAAGCACUUUGUCACUGCCAAGAAGAAGAUCAAUGGCAUUUUUGAGCAACUGGGGGCAUAUAUUCAGGAGAGCGCGACGUUCCUAGAGGAUACUCACAGAAAUGUGGAGCUUGAUCCCGUCACCACCGAAGAGCAGGUACUGGAGGUCAAGGCCUAUUUGGCCAAGGUGAAGGGCAUCAGUGAGGUCCUGGCCCGGCGGCACAUGAAGGUGGCCUUUUUUGGCAGGACAAGCAAUGGAAAAAGCACCGUGAUCAAUGCCAUGCUCUGGGACAAAGUCCUGCCCUCGGGGAUUGGCCACACCACCAACUGUUUCCUCCGGGUGGAGGGGACAGAUGGCCACGAGGCCUUCCUGCUCACCGAGGGCUCCGAAGAGAAGAAGAGCGUCAAGACAGUAAACCAGCUGGCCCACGCCCUCCACCAGGAUGAGCUCCUGAAUGCUGGCAGCCUGGUGAGUGUGAUGUGGCCCAAUUCCAAGUGUUCUCUUCUGAAAGAUGACUUGGUGCUGAUGGACAGCCCUGGGAUUGAUGUCACUACAGAACUGGACAGCUGGAUCGACAAGUUCUGCCUAGAUGCUGAUGUGUUUGUACUGGUGGCCAACUCGGAGUCCACACUGAUGCAGACGGAGAAGCAGUUCUUCCACAAGGUGAGCGAACGCCUUUCUCGCCCCAACAUCUUCAUCCUCAACAACCGCUGGGACGCCUCUGCCUCGGAGCCGGAGUACAUGGAGGAGGUCCGCAGGCAGCACAUGGAGCGCUGUACCAGCUUCCUGGUGGAUGAGCUGGGAGUGGUGGAUCGGGCGCAGGCGGGAGACCGCAUCUUCUUCGUGUCUGCCAAGGAGGUGGUCAACGCCAGGAUCCAGAAGGCGCAGGGGAUGCCAGAAGGAGGAGGCGCUCUGGCCGAAGGAUUCCAAGUGAGAAUGUUUGAAUUUCAGAACUUUGAGCGGAGGUUUGAGGAGUGCAUCUCGCAGUCAGCCGUGAAGACCAAGUUUGAGCAGCACACGGUGAGAGCCAAGCAGAUGGUGGAGGAUGCGCGCCUCAUCAUGGAUUCUCUGCACGUGGCGGCGCAGGAGCAGCGAGUUUACUGCCAGGAAACACGAGAAGAGAGACAGGACAGGCUGGGGUUCAUUGACAAGCAGUUAGAACUCCUUACUCAGGACUUCAAAGUUCGGAUUAAGCAGAUCACCGAGGAGGUGGAAAGGCAGGUAUCUAACGCCAUGGCUGAAGAGAUCAGGCGCCUCUCGGUGCUGGUGGAUGAGUACCAGAUGGACUUUCACCCCUCUCCUGUGGUUCUCAAGGUUUAUAAGAAUGAGUUACAUCGCCACAUCGAGGAGGGGCUGGGUCGCAACCUCUCCGACCGCUGCUCCAAUGCCAUCACCGGGUCCCUGAAGACCAUGCAGCAGGACAUGAUAGAUGGCUUGAGACCUCUCCUUCCCGUAGCCCUGAGGGGUCAGAUAGACAUGCUGGUCCCACGACAGUGCUUCUCACUUAGUUAUGACCUCAACUGUGACAAGCUCUGUGCUGACUUUCAGGAAGACAUCGAGUUCCACUUUUCUCUUGGGUGGACUAUGCUUGUGAAUAGGUUUCUAGGACCAAAGAAUAGCCGCCGGGCCUUGAUGGGCUAUAAUGACCAGAUCCAACGUCCCAUACCUUUAACUCCAGCAAACCCCAGCAUGCCUCCCUUGCCUCAGAAUUCUCUCUCGCAGGAAGAGCUCAUGGUGUCAAUGGUCACUGGUUUGGCCUCUCUGACCUCCAGAACCUCCAUGGGAAUCCUUGUUGUCGGCGGAGUGGUCUGGAAGGCAGUGGGCUGGAGGCUGAUCGCCCUUUCUUUGGGACUCUACGGCCUCCUCUAUGUCUAUGAGCGCGUGACGUGGACCACCAGAGCCAAGGAGAGAGCCUUCAAGCGCCAGUUUGUGGAGUAUGCCAGUGAGAAGCUGCAGCUCAUCAUUAGCUACACUGGCUCCAACUGCAGCCACCAGGUCCAACAGGAACUGUCUGGGACCUUUGCUCACCUGUGUCAACAAGUGGAUGUGACUCGGGAGACUUUGGAACAAGAGAUUGCCGCCCUGAAUAAAAAAAUCGAGGUUCUGGAUUCAUUGCAGAGCAAAGCCAAACUCCUCAGGAAUAAGGCUGGUUGGCUGGAUAGCGAACUCAACAUGUUCACCCAUCAGUACCUACAGCCAAGCAGAUAGUGUGGGAAGCUGGGAGCUCCAGGAGGUGUGAAGAACGGGUGUUGGGGCCCAGACGGAGGCGGGACAGUGGCAGGGGCCUCAGGCCAAGACACGGACGCCAAUCCUUGUGGUAGUGGCCACAUAAAUGAUAGCACCCCAAUUUCUGAUAGGGCGUUGAGCCUUUAAACGCUAGUUAUUUAUUACCCUUCCUUUGCCUGCUGUUGAGAUGAGGUGGUUUGCAGGAAGAAUGUCUGUCUCCAUAUGCUUACAGAAGAAUUUUUCUUGUAAAGAUAACUGUGGAUGGUACUGAGCUUUCUUUAAAUUUUGUCAUUUCUAAACUUUAUCAAGUUCUAAUUGAUUCAGUCUUUUGAUUAUUUGGUAAAUGACUUGUUACAAUGAUUCUCCUGAUUUCAGAAUUGGCCAAAGCCCAUAUUAAGAGUAUUGGAGAAACUCAGUGCUCAAAUAGAGACUCCUGUUCCCCACUUUCCCUCCCUCCUCCUGUGGUAUUCGCACUAGCCUGUGUAGACCCACAGUCCUCUGCUCUUCUUCAGCUGAAAUACAACAGUAGAGAAUAGUCCCUCUUGUGAGUGCUUGUAUUUGCUUCUCAGAUACAAAUGUUUGUUUGAAAUAGCUACAGUAAGUCGGGAGUCAUAGCCAGCCCCAGCCUAGGAAGAAGUCUUACUUGGGUUAAUUUGGUUUGAUCACAUUUAAUCCUUUCCCUUUUGCAGCACUUGAGUCAUUCUUCCAGACAGUGCUUUAACACAUGAAAUGGCUGGGCCAGAGAGGCUUAGCCAACUGAGGACUGUUUGGGAUUUGAAGAAUUGCUGCAAAUGGAAACUUAGGUGAUGAAAAUCACUUAGAGAGAAUAGUCAGCAGUAGGUCAGUACGUGAGAAAUGAAGUGCAUGUGUGUGGUGUUCACUUUCAAAAAGACGGCGUUCUGCCAUUCUCUUCCCACUGCGUGGCUGGUUCAAGUCCUUGGUUUCUAUAGUGCAUUUGUGUGAGUUCUCACUUUAUGAAAGACAAGUAGGUUUAAAGAAAGGAAGGAAGCUGCUGAAGGAAGAUAAGACAGAAAUGGCUUGAGAAGAAACAUGGGCAGCAAGCAUAGAUUAUGGUGCCUUCCUGCAGGACAUCUGUGAGCAUAGUGAAAGAGCAGCUCAGAUGAUGUUACCAAGCUAGUUUUAAUUUGUGCCUGAAGUAGGCCUUCCUCCUCACCCAGCUUAGACUUGCCAUGUUUUGCUUUGCAUCUUCCUCCUGAGAAAUGAAAUCACCAAUUUCAGACAGCCUGCCACCCCUCCCUCCCCGCCUCGCCUGUCUGUCCUAAAGAAUCUGUUCCAUGUCAUUGCAGCUGUUCCUCGCUCAGCAUUCAGUGCCAGUCACUCUUGGGAAUCUUUUGAGAGAAUUUGGAAAAAUCCAACCUUCCCCUGUUCAUGUCCCACUAUCUAUCCCCAUUAGUUUCAGUUGAGACACACCUUGGCAACUUGAGCCCACUGAAGACUAUUUUCUGUCAUUAAAUUUUGGGAUGAUUUUCACUGGCAGUAGAUGAGCUCCUGCCCUCUUUGGCUUCUUCUCUUAUCCCAGAAAGAGCCUGGGAAAAGCCGUGUCUAUCUUGCAGAAUCUUGAAGCCCUAGAGAACAGGACAGCAAUUUUGCUGGUGACUGACUGAUCAUGGGGAGAUGGGAUGGUCCCAAAGGAAAUAGCUUGGCUGGGAGGCAGGGACCCCAGCAUACUCCCUCCAGCUGGCCAUACAGUGGAGCUUUUUUCUCCUUGCUUCUGCAUCUUGCUGCCAUUUCAUCUUCCUGGCAUUGGUAGUUCACAUAAAAAAGCAAUUUGAGGGCAGACUGACCUCUCUGUAACUUAGAUCCCACUACCGAGUUUUCAGUGGUUGGUGACUGAGGUGCAGUUAUAAUAGGGGUGAAGGAAAAUCCCUCAAGAUAAUGCUAUUGGUCAGGGACUUAGGUGGUAUUCAUGUACCUACUUGUUUCCCUAUCUCAUUGGCAUAAAAACAGAAGGAUGGAUACAUAGUAGGUCUUUGCUGAGAUUGAAACAUGGUUAGAAGAUAUUUUUGAUAUUUUGCCAGGAUUGACCAGUGGUAGCCUCAAAGGUCGAUUUAAAAAUCACUGUAACAAAGUACAGUUGUCAAUGAAUUUUGUCAUAUUUGUGGGAAGUUUUUUUUAAUCUAAAUUUUAAAAAGAAAACAUCUCUUAAUGUCUUGAAUGUAAUUCUGGGGAGAAAAUGGGAAUUUUAAGAUUCUUAUGUGAUAAAUGGGUAAAAUUUAAUUUGUGACAAUGAAGAAAGACCCUUUACUAAAAGAAGUUUGGCAAAUUGCACUUUAUUUUAAUGCUGCUAACUUUUUUCUCUUUUUUUUUUUUUUUUGUGUGUGUGUUUUAAGUUGUUGGGUUACCAAGACCUAAGCUUAAUAAUGAGUUCUCUCUGUUGUAUUUAAGGUGAUAGAUUUUCCUGAAUCAGUCCUCUAUCAUUGCUGAGAAUAUUGGAAACUGAAAUAAAAAGCUGUUGGGAAAUGC